AUGAGUACCGGCGACAUCCCCGCGUCCACCAGCCUGCCGCCGUUAGUGGAGGGCCCGCUGCGCUGCUUCCUCCGCUGCACCGUCUCCCGAGUUAAAUGGACGGCCCCCAAGCUGCCCGCCGCCGCCCUCCUCGUCCGCUUGAGGUGGUGGGGGGAAACUUCCGACGGUACCGUCUUCCAGCCCUCCUCCCGGCCGGGACAACCGGCGGGGAGAACCAGCGCCCGCUACGCCGUCCGCUGUGGGCCCAGGCAGUUCACUGCUUACCUGACAGAUAUGGGUGUGCUUGUCCUAGAGGUAAUGACCAAACUUGACCACCUUCCAAUUGGCAGAGUGCAAAUCACUGGACUGUCCCAGCUCUCUCCCAGCCACCCAAUCAGUGGGCUUUUCACUGUGGUUUCACCAACAUCUGAUAAACUAGGAGAGCUCCAGGUCUCACUAGUCCUAGAACCUCUGCCAGCCCUGUAUGACACCAGCAGCUCUAUCCCAACCACAGAUACAAGUUCCGAUAUCGCUGCUGCUCAGGGAAGCAGCAAGCUGCAGUUUCUUGCUCCAUCACAGCAGUCGAGGCAAGCGCAGGCGACUAUUGCUGGCCAAGAGUCCGUUACUAACAGCAGAGCCACAAUUCCCAGAGGAAAGGACCAUUUGCUCUUUCAAGAGAACUCAGAAAACAUAAAGGACAUUUUUUCUGCUUCUCAUCACCAUCUGAUUUUACCAGAUGAACGUUUGAAAGUGAAUCCUUCAAAUCAGCAAGUGUCGUUUCCCACCAGCACAGAUCCUGAAGCACCUGCUAGAACAAACGUGCGGGUGCUCUCUUUGCAUAACCCAGCUACAAAAGACCUGCUGUCAGCUCUUUUGGAUCAAGGCAAUAAACUCCGUGAUGCCAUGGUUGUUUCUGCAAUGAAGUCUAGCCCAGACAUGGAGAUUGAAUUGAAUGAAGUGCCUUCUUUUAUAGAGAGAGACAAUUUCAAAGCAACAGCAAAGAGCCCAAAAGGUUUGGACUCAGAUAUUUUGCCCUCUCCUGAAGAUCCCCAUCUCGUCGCAUCUGAAGUGUCAGGCCAGCCGUUUGACCUAAACUCUGAAGAAAGAGCAAUACAGUUACUGUUGGGCAGUGCUGAUUUAUCUCCUGUGCAUUUCUGGGAUCGGACAGGGUCCCUUUUGGAUUCUCUCUCUCUCGGGAGUGAGGUGUAUGACAGUGAGCUCAAUGAUCCCCAUUACGACCAGAGUCUGCUAGAGAGUCUUUUUUACACAGCUCCUAAAUCUGAUUCCAGUUUAAGUGAUUUCCUCAGUGAUGAUGAUGCUAAUGCCUCCAAAAAAGUAACCAAGACAGAAAAUCUCAAGAAAACUGAUCCAGUGAGUGCACAGAAGGAUUCCAAUGCCUUUGGUCAGGAUCAGAAGGUGAUAGAAAUUAAACCCAGCUGCUCUCCUACUAGAGCCCUUGCUCCUCCAGAAGAUCCCACAGAAGCAGCUGAUGUCACAUCCCUGAGCGUAGACAGGUUGGCACUGCUGGAGCGAAUACACCUAGCCAGAGUCGUCAUUGAAAGCUUGAAAAUCCCUCCUGAGAGCAUCCAGAUCACACCAAGAAAGAAAAGUUUAAUGGGGAAGCCUCCAAGACUUGCGUCAGCUAACAAGUGUACCUUCUUUGUUGAGUACCACUUCCCUGUGGGAGCCUCCAAGGAUGCAAAAGGGCAGAUCUCUAUAACAACAGAAGUAAUUCGUAUAGCUUCAAGUAAAAUCACAGAUGAUGUGGUGAGAUUUCAGCAGCGGUCUGUGUUCCCUGUCCGUUUUGGUGCAACAAUGAUAAAGCACUGGCAAAGCUCUGACCUCGCCUUUAAAAUCUACAUGAGAAAAAGCACACAGAAAAAGCCAGUGGCUGUUGGCUCAGCAGCACUGCAGUUAUUCAAGGUUAUUCAGUCCGAGUUGCUCACUGUCUGCUGUGAAAUACCUGUGGAAAAAGAGGGAGGUCAGACACAAGUUGGACCGCUAAAGGUAUCCUUAGAGCUCGCAGCCGACAACAAAGACUUCACCCCCACCGCUGCCAGGUCAGCUGUGGCUGCACAGCGAGUCCCAGCUCAUGCUGUAAGAAGUCCCCGGCUGGAAUUCCAGGAACCCAGCAAGAAGAGUUUAAAUGCAGAAAACCCUUCCUGCUCAAAAUUGAGCGGUGAGGACUCGUGGACGACAGGCACAGCCCUCAGAAACGUUACGCAGCCACCACAGGCUGCACCAACCACCAUAGCCUGUAAUCUGAUGACACAAAUAACUGCAUCUAAAGAGGAUGGGUUGUUACUGCACGUGCUGUUGAUGGUGCCUGAUGGAAAGGAUUUUGUUGCUGAAGACUAUGGAUUGCACAGUUCUUGUAAUGUGUAUUUAAACUGCAAGCUGCUCAGCACUGAGGAGGCAACAAGAUCAGCUGUCGUAUGGGGCACAACACAACCUGCUUUUAAUUUUUCUCAGGUGAUGCCUUUUUCAUUGACCUCCAAACACUUGGAGCGACUAAAGAACAACGUUAUGAUCAUCGAAGCGUGGAACAAGAUGGGAAGCCCUGGCUGUGACAGACUGCUAGGAUUAGUGAAACUUCCUCUGCAUCAGUUUUACAUCUCAUUCAAAGAUCCAAAGAUUUCCCACCUGCUUCUUCAAGCUCAGUAUCCAGUGGUUGCUGUGGACUGCUAUAUGCCUGUGAUAGACGUUUUUACCGGCAGUAGAAGUGGAAGCCUGAGGGUCAUCCUGGCAAUGGGGUCAGCAGAUCAAAUAGUGGCCCUGCAAAGGCUAAAAAAUGAAGAAGGAAUGGUACCUCCCAUCACACAGCGUCCUUCUCACGCUCUGGACCCUCCUCCUACAAAGCUCACACCGCACUUAGACCAAGAAGGGGAAGACCUGAUGGAGCAUGUGUUUGAGAUCCAUGUGGAGAGUGUGAAAGGACUCACUCCCUUACAGUCCACUGUCUGGGGAGAAGCUGACUGCUAUGUACAGUACUAUUUCCCUGUUCAAGAGGCUGGUUGUGGUGCACUGCAAGGAACUGAAUUGCAUGAGGAUGGCAUCAAAUUAAAGUCAUUUUGCACAGCGACCACUUUGUGCGUCCCUGAUCCCGUCUUUAAUGAUGAGCAUCAUCAUUCUUUGUUGGUUCCUGCUGCUGUCCCAGUCCAGAGGCUUCUGGUCAGCGCAUUUAUGACAUCAGGAGUAGCUGGAGGAGGAAUCCAGUUUGAGGUCUGGUGCAGGUACUAUUAUCCAAAUGUCAGAGACCAGAUGGUUGCCAAAGGGACCUUGCCUUUGUCACGGCUCUGUGCCUUGGUGACUAUGCAGCAUCGUGAAGAAAUAGGGAUACAGACUUUUAAUCUUCCAUUGGUCCCCCGGACUGAUUCCUCAGAGGAAUUUAAUUUGAGGCCUUCAGGCUUGCUUGAUGUGAGUGUGAGAUACCAACGAUCUGUGAAAACAGCAGCAGGAAAAACUGCUCAAGCUGUUUCUCUUUCUGUACAAAUACACAGAGCAGCUGGUUUGCAAGCAGCAGCUAGAGCUGUGGCACAAAAGAACCCUUCGGUCCAGUACUACGCAGGUGUGGGAGUUAAUGCUUAUGUUUCCGUGCACCUCUCCUUCCUGCCUGAGGCAGAGAGACGCAUCACGCGAGCUGUGGCUUGUACUUUCUGCCCUGAGUUUGAGCAUCACGUAGAGUUUCCUUGUAACCUCAUUAUUCAGAAGAGUAGUGGAGAAGCCUCUUGUCUGGGGGAACUCUUGCAGUCUGCCAGUAUCAUCUUCUCUCUCUACCAUCAGAACACUAAGUCAGCCCCUGAAACAUUGGCAGCUCGGACUUCAAGAGAUUAUCUUCUUGGGACAGUCACAAUUCCAACCAGAGACCUGCUGAGAAGAAGAUCAGGCAUCACAGGCUGGUACCCGGUUACCCUGCCUGAAGAUUUAAUGCCUUCACACUGCACAAACAUCAUGCAGGCCAUUGUGGGAGGACUGGAACUUUCUGUUACCUUCGCUCAUCAGGGUGACAGAGAGCAUGUUUUGGAGGCUGCUAAGCUUUUAGGAUGGAACAGUGAGGAGAGCCAUGAAGACAGCAUGGAUGAUAGUGACGAAUGGGAGCAGAACACCAGUCCAGUGGCUGUGAGCAUCUCAACCCCAAGGGUAUGGCUGCCAGUCCACUGUGUGCUGCUUGCAGGCCAGACACACCUGAAUAAAAACACUUACUGCUACCUCAGGUAUAAGCUAUAUAAUCAGGAAGCCACGUGGACUUUGCUUAGGAGGCCAAAAUUGAGUGACGACACGAAGAACGUGACAGUGAGCUUUAAGAAACCAAACAAGGUGACUCUCGGAAGGAGCCAAGGACUGCUGUGGUUCUUCAGAGAGGAGAAAUUAGAAAUCCAGGUGUGGUGGGCAUAUGGUAAAGAAAAUGAUGGGGAAAGACCACUUCAUACAGAUCGUCUUAUUGGAUGUGCCUAUGUCGACCUCGCAGCAUUAGCAGAAAGAUCGAGGACAACACUAAGUGUUAGUGGAGUUUAUCCACUGUUCAGGUGCAACGCUGCAAACCUAGCAGGAGCUGCUUUACGUGUUCAUGUCGUCCUUUCUCCCACUUCUGCUGCUCUGCCCAGCAGACUUCACUGUGCUGAGGAAUACAGCAACAGUGAAGAUGAAGGCACAGAGAGAGCUCCUGAUUUGAGCCAACAGGCUUCUGAAAAUCAGAAUCAGAAACUGGAUAUUGUAAGUUCAGAAAUCAGUGGCAAGCCACAAGAAGACGACAUGAUAUUUCUGGAAAACACAGUUGCUGUCAAUAUCCUUGUGGAAAGAGCAAUGCAUCUCAGUUUAAAAGGGAGUCCCUUGACAGAGCGUGAAGUAACGGCACCCAGUAGCUGUGUAUCAUUUGCUGUGGCUGGUGCAGAUGCUCCAAUAACCACUUCAGUAAUAGAAAAUACAGACUCACCCAUCUGGGACUUCCAGCAACAAGCAAGAUUAUCCAAAGAACUUCUGCUGGAUCCACAGCAAACCUUGGUCUUCAAAGUGUGGCAUAAAGCAGAGGCCGAACGAGUGAUAGGAUUUGCAUCAGUGGACCUUUCUCCUCUUCUUUCUGGCUUCCAGCUCGUGUGCGGGUGGUACAAUAUUACAGACUUCAGCGGACAGUGCAGAGGGCAGAUCAAAGUAGCAGUUUCCCUUCUUCAAAACAUAAAUAAUCUCAAAGAAGAAAGGCAAGCAAGGAUCCAGACCCAGCCACCAAGCUCUUCAGUGAAGGCCAGCUUUCCAACGUUUCCCAGUAAUGCUGCAAGCUUUUCCAAGAAGACAUUGAAUACCUUGUCAAAGGAAGUCAGUGUUUCCACUCAAGACCAUCUUACUACUGCUUACAGAAAAAACUUGAGGGAGCUGGAUGAGGUUCAAAGAUACUUCAGUCAGAAGCUGACCAGGUCUUUUCCUGACUUCAGUUACACAUCCAAACCAAGUCAUGAGGAGCAGGAGAGAGAUCAUCGGGGCCUGAUGAACAGAGAAAAGGAUUCUGAUAGAUGCCGACUUCUGGAAAAAUCUAGUCAGUUGGUGUCUCAGGUCAGCAGCCUAAUCAAUGACUUACAGACUAGAACUAAAAAGAGUAAAGAAUCUUCUAACGUCCAUCAAGACAGCAGCGGAAAGCUGGGUGCUACACAUGUCCCCAACCAGAAGGAUGAAGAAGCUGGGCCUGAAGUGUGUCAAGGCCGACUUGAGCUGGACUCACCCAGCGUUUGCAGUGAUACACAGCAGCCGUGCCCCGUUGGGAGAUCUGUGUUUGACAGACACAUGUUGCAUGAAUUUCUAGAGCAAGCUGUCCCUGAAGAUGAGCAUCCUUUGCCAAUGGACAACAUCCAGGAGGAUGAAGGUGCUUUUGCUGUCCAGCCACACAGUGAAGAAGACUAUGAAGAAGACGUUAUAGAACCACGAACUCUUAAUGAAAUAACAACCAUAACGGACAAAACCAGUCCCUGGUCCAGUGUGCUGUCUGUAGUGGAGCAGGGUGCUGACCAGCUGCCCGUAGACUUGGGGCCUGAGCAUCAGCACUCGGUGGAUAUGGACUGUUGGCAAAGAGGAAACCACAGACGGAGCAGCACCUUCUCCAGCACGCUGCAAGGUGACUGCCAAAGCGUGCUCACUGCUGUUAGCCCCCGUGUUAGCCUCCACACAGAUCCUUGGGCAGUAACAGAAGGCUUUCCAAGCCUGGAGAGUGGCACAGAAAUGAUGGAGAAGGAGCUGCUUCAGCCUGCUCAUUUCUUGGAAGUGCAUCAGACAGCCGGUGGCCCUGUAGAAAAUAGAAAUUAUGACUGGGAUAGAACAUACAACACUAAACCUGUAGAGCAAAAUGUAGAGUUUUGUGGAGCCUCUGAAGUACUGGAGUUUCCACCAGAUGUGGGUUUGACCAAUCCAAAAACCACGGAAAGAGAGAGGGAGAAAAGCAGUGAGGCUGUGAAUGAAGAUCGUCAAGACGAGGAAGAUAGUGGUUCUGAUGAGAUCUGUGUUAAGAGUGUAUCAGCCCAAGCAGGCUCAGAAGGAAACAGUGACAACUUUUCUGAUGACAGUAGUGAAGACCCACUGGAAGAGCCAGAAAAGUCUGCCAAACCAAAAAUUCUUUUAUCUGAUCCUGUCGUUGUUCCCAACUUCUUCCUUCCCCCCCAGCAGAUGGAAGCUUCCAUGAGACUGCUCAGCAUGUCUUCUCAUCCUUCCACAGCUCUGAAAGGGGGAAGCAGAAGUGGAGCCGUGCUCAGGGGCAUCCCGUACCGAAGGCCGAAUCAUCCCCGGCCCGUAGCCGAGCUCUCGGAAGAGGAAACCGAAAGAAUUGCCAGGAUUUUCUCUGCUCAACUGUCCAAGAAGGAAUGACACUGGCGAGAGGCCGUCCUGCUUCCCAAGCCAUGGCCUGACACAUCGUCCAGGUCCUCAGGGAAGAGGAGAUGGAAGCUGUAGGUUUCAGGCUCUGGUUUUUAAUUUGCCUAAUUGGGAUCCCGUUAGAGGGAUUUAAGGCUGAUGCUCAACCCAGGGGAGCUGAGAGACCCUGUGUCUUGCAAGAGCAGGUCCCCAGUGAGACUCACCGCUUUGGGUAACCUGCUCUCCAGAUACCCUGUUUUGGGGAUCUAUUCAUGUGAAAUAUCACUAAUUAACCUUUAUCUCGAGUAAACAAAAAGUAUCCCGUUUUGAGACAGGUUUUUUUUUCAACCAAAGGAUGGAGAAGGUUAGAAAUUUGUGAGAAUUAGAACUGAUGCCUCCCUGCCAGUGGGUGCUGUGGAGGGGGAGGGAAGAUGAGCUUCCCUCCCCAGUGGCCUUUCAAAAAUAGUUGGUGGGAAGCAGAAUUUGCUGAUUCUAGAGGAAUUUAUGUGCUCAAGGUGUUUGAGUAAAAUACUGUAAAAUACUGACGUGUGUACAAAAUGGGUUUACUAGAAAUACAGAGCUUUUAUAUUCUAAAUUAUUUUUGUACAUUUUUACAUCGGGAACGUUUGGAUAACGGGCUUUGAUGCGAACCCAGCUAAGUUAUUUUUGUACUGCUCUCCAGGGUUUGUUUCAAUAAAAUUCUCUUCGUUUCUUGUCGUCUGGUGCGAAGCGUCCCGGCGCCGGGUCACGAGCUUCUCGUUAACAGGUGGAGGCAAUUCCUUCCCCCAGAGCCUCCAGGAGCAGGAGGGAAUUGUUCCUGGAAGACACGGGGGCACACGGAAAGGUCACCGCUUCCCAGAGUAACCAAACAGCGCCUGGAAACGGGGCAAGAGAAGGCUCCAAGUCAGAGCUUUGCCCUUAGCAUCACUUUUUUAACCUCUGUGGUUUUAUUUUUCACAGGGGGGAGAAGCCGAAAUGCAGAAUUUAAUGUGAACACAACCCCCACGCUGGUAAAAUCUGCUCGUGACUCACGUACCUACAGCAAGAGGUUCCUACAGUUUCAAUGCUCCUCAAAAGUACUUAAUCCACAUUUCGUACAGCUUAAUCACUUUUUCACUUGCUAGGUUCAGGAUUUUCUCUAGGAAAUCUCAGGGUUAAACAGCACGUUAGCAGCUCCUGUAUCACUGAACACAGAC